CGAGAGUCUCCCUAGUUGUGUUGUGGGUUGCGUGUUAUAAAGGGGAAAGCUGCGCCGUUCUCUUCACAUCGGAGCGCUCCGACCUCCAAAGCGCGCCAGCUGUAUUACACAGCCAGCCAGGACCUGAAGCUGCUCACAGCUAUGACUCUGCCGCUUUCUCUACCUGGAUUUACUCUCCAGUAACAGCUGUUCGCCGCACACACCUCUCUGCCACCAACAGCACCCACAGCAGCAGCAGUAGCAGCAGCAGCCUCCUCCCCAGCUCCUCCGCCCCUGCUCCCCGGCCUCCAACUCUAACCUUUUUGUUCUGCGGCCAUGGGGCGCGUUGUUUCCUUUUUGCCUGGGCUGCUGAGGGGCCUGACCGUGCUGUGAGGCGGGAUACCAGGUGGAUUUAUGGUCCGAAAAGCCGCAACUACCAGCCGAGGGAAAUUAGUGGAACUUUGAGCUCCGGGAGGAUGCAGGUGACGUGUUGGUGCGCCGUGUUCCUCCUGACGCCUUCACUUUGCCUGGUUACAAGUGCCCAUGCCUCAAAGUCGGAGAUUGUCAAGUCGGGAAGCCCCAAAUCCACACUCAAGCAUAUAUGGACAGAAAGCAGUAAGGAUAUGUCCAUCAGUAGGCUGUUGUCACAGACUCUACAUGGCAAAGAGAACAGCACAGCCUUGGACCUCCGCUAUGAUACUCCAGAGCCCUACUCUGAGCAGGACCUGUGGGACUGGCUGAGGAACACCACAGACUUGCAGGACUCGCGGCCGCGGGCUAAAAGGCGGCCGAUGGUUAAGACGGGGAAGUUCAAGAAGAUGUUCGGCUGGGGGGACUUCCACUCUAACAUCAAGACGGUCAAACUCAACCUGCUGAUCACCGGUAAGAUCGUGGAUCACGGCAACGGCACCUUCAGUGUCUAUUUCCGCCACAACUCCACAGGCCAGGGCAACGUGUCCGUUAGCUUGGUCCCUCCAACCAAGAUAGUGGAGUUUGACGUGGCGGCGCAGCAGUCCGUCAUUGACGCCAAGGACUCAAAGUCCUUCAACUGCCGCAUAGAGUACGAGAAGGUGGAGAAGGGUGCCAAGAACACACUCUGCAACUUUGACCCGUCCAAGACCUGCUACCAGGAGCAGACCCAGAGCCAUGUCUCCUGGCUCUGCUCCAAACCUUUCAAAGUCAUCUGCAUCUUCAUUUCCUUCUAUAGCACCGACUACAAAUUGGUGCAGAAAGUGUGUCCUGACUAUAACUACCACAGUGACACUCCCUACUUCCCUUCCGGCUGAUGUUCCCAUACACUCACAUUCAGAAAAGUGUAUGAGUGGAGCACAAACUGGGGCUUCUACCUGUCCCAGAGAAAUCUGUAUGUAAGCCCCUUGUCCCUAAACAUGUCCCUACCAGAGAGUCAGCCAUCCCAAAUGAUUUCCCAAUUUAAUAUUCUGAAUGUUGCCGAGAGCGUUUGCAGGUGGUAUAUAGCACGGUAAUAUGUUUAAAAAUGACCUGAACAUGUCUGCGAUUAGUGUGAUUAUUAACAGUUAGAAUUUUGUUCCUGAAUUGGGUUUUGACCGUUUUGAACCAUGUGUAGAUAUCAGGACUUAUUGGUCCUUUGGGAUUGUUAUCGCAUUUAUACUCUGCCCUUUGUUGUUUUGCUUCAUGUUUAGUUCACCCUCCUUAUCAAACUAGAUGUUAAUAACUUUGUUUUCCUCUUUUAGCAUAUUUCAUAAACAAUGCAUUAACACUCUGGACAACAAUAUAUGGACUGUUUGCCCCCUGCUGUGAUAUUUAUGCUCUGCAGUUUAUCCUGCAUAACUGGAAAACAAAAUGAACUCCUCAUUUAAAAAUAGUAUGAAAAAAAAUAAAUCAUCAGACGUUUUUACAAAACCUGCAAGGCAGUUGAAGAGGAAAGUGAAGAUUUAAAUGUGAGUGUGAUGCAUUUAGCAAUGGGGGGGGGGGGGGGG